AUGUCGACCUUGAGGCGCCGCAUCGCCAACGUCGUCCAAGACACACCUUCCGAGUCUACCAGCCGAGAGAGCACACCUGACGACCACGAUGAGCUCAAACUCGUGGCGACCAAGAAGCUUGAGAAGCUCGAGAAGCUCAAGAAGCACAAAGGCAGCAAGAGGAGGUCCGGCAUCAUCUUUGGGCUGGGAGGGGUUUUGGGCUUGCUGUUAGCCCUUCUGUUUGCCCAGUCCCAGGAUGUCAUCAAGCUGGAAGGCUUACUCGAGGUCAACCUGGACAGCCUGAUGGACGCGAUACCUGCGGGCAUCAUCAAAGACGUCAAGGACCUAUCGAUGGCGGAGCGCGACGUGGUCAACUACGACUCUUUCGCCGUGGGACUGCAUCUACAAUCACAGGGGAUCUCGGCGCACCAUCCUGUCAUUAUGGUUCCUGGGGUCAUUUCGACGGGGCUGGAGUCGUGGAGCACCGGCGAGAAGUCGAGGCAAUAUUUUCGCAAGAGGCUCUGGGGUUCAUGGUCCAUGAUGAGGGCGCUCAUCCUCGACCAGGCGGCGUGGAAAAAACACAUCAUGCUGGACAAGGAGACAGGCCUCGACCCUCCGGGUAUCAAGCUUCGCGCCGCACAAGGAUUUGACGCGACGGACUUCUUCAUCACCGGCUAUUGGAUUUGGAACAAGAUCCUCGAGAACCUUGCGACCAUCGGCUAUGACCCGACCAACGCAUUCACCGCGGCUUACGACUGGCGGCUGUCGUAUGCCAACUUGGAGAUCCGCGAUCAGUACUUCACCAGGCUCAAGAGCUAUAUUGAAGUGGCGCACUCCACGACGGGGAAAAAGAUCGUCCUUGUCUCCCACUCCAUGGGCAGCCAGGUCGUCCUGUACUUCAUGAAGUGGGUCGAGCAUAAAGAUCACGGCAAAGGGGGCUCUGAUUGGGUCAACACGUACAUCGACUCGUGGAUCAACAUCUCAGGCUGCAUGCUAGGGACGGCCAAGGACAUUCCCGCCGUCUUGUCCGGAGAGAUGAAGGACACGGCUCAGCUGAACGCCUUUGCCGUGUACGGCCUCGAGAAGUUCCUCUCCAAGGGUGACCGUGCGGAAAUCUUUCGCGCCAUGCCAGGACUCUCGUCAAUGCUGCCCAAAGGAGGAGAAGCCGUCUGGGGCAACGACACCUGGGCCCCUGACGACUUGCCAUAUCCCGAACAGAACCGCACGCACGGGCUCUUUCUGUCCUUCAAACCCAAGUUCAACGCCACGGGGCCUCCGCGCAAGAAUAUGACCAUGACGGAGACGUUUGACUACCUGCUCGAGAGCACCGAGCCGUGGUACCGGGAGCAAGUCCUGCACGCAUACUCUCACGGUGUGGCGCACACCGAGGCCGAAGUUGAACGUAACGAAGAUAACCCUCGAACGUGGUUGAAUCCCCUCGAAGCGCGACUGCCUCUCGCCCCGAACUUGAAGAUCUACUGCUUCUACGGCAUCGGGAAGCCGACCGAGCGGUCCUAUUUCUACAAGGACAACGAGAAUCCUCUGCAUGGGAACAUCAACAUCACGAUCGACACGUCGGUGAGCUCGUCCAACGGACGACUACAGCAAGCCGGGUCGAUCGAUCACGGUGUCGUGUUCGGCGAAGGUGACGGGACGGUGAACCUGUUGAGUACGGGCUACAUGUGCGCGAAAGGGUGGAAGAAGAUCAAGAGAUACAAUCCUGCGGGUGUCAAGGUGACGACGUACGAGAUGCCCCACGAACCGGAUCGAUUCAGUCCCCGUGGCGGACCGAACACCGGCGAUCAUGUUGACAUCCUCGGCCGGAGCAGCUUGAACGAUUUGAUUCUCCGCGUGGCCGGGGGAAGGGGACAUGAAAUCGAAGAGAACUACGAGAGCCGUAUAUGGGAGAUCAGCGAGAAGGUGCAGGUCUUUGACCACGAGUAG